CUCUAAUUGUUGUUGGUGGUAAAGGCAGGCCUGCAACUAUUGAGAGGCUAAGUCUUGCUACCAACAACAUUGAUAAAUCAUACUGCGAGAUCUUACCUAAGCAGAACGAACUACACAGCUGUGGAGCAGUAGUCAUAGGCAGUGAGGUAUUUGUUGUUGGCGGCUGCUCGGAAUCAUAUCCAUUCGGGUCACCUUUUGUGCUUACAUAUAAUCCCGACAAUUCAAAGGUUGAUAUCAAAUCGACUUUGAUUGAGGGUCGUAGCUCCUGCGGUGUAGAAGUCAUGUGUCAAAUAUUGUUUGCUGUUGGUGGCCAACAGGGUCAGAAAUAUUUGAAAAGUGUGGAGAUAUGUCGUCCAGAAAUGGAGUAUGGGCAUUGGGAAAAUGGGCCAGCUUUGAAGACUGCAAAAGCCGGACUAGCAGUUGUUAGUGUCAAUAAUGACAAGGAGCACUUUUACUGCAUUGGAGGCUACGAUGGGGAGAGCACUCUUGCUAGAGUGUAUGUCCUCCAAAACGGGGAGUGGAAGAAAGUGACUGAUAUGAAGGAUCCAAGAAGAGACUUUGCUGCUGUUGCUGUUGGAAACUGCAUCUAUGCGAUCGGUGGAUGUGAUGAUGCAGGGGCUAUAGAUUGUGUAGAGAGAUACGAUGUCAGGCAAAAGGAUUGGAAGAAGCUGUCUAGCUUGCCUACUCGACGCUAUGGUCACUCAGCAGUUGUUAUCAAUGAAAAGAUAUGUGUAGUGGGAGGCUACAACUCUUCAAAUUUGUGUGCUGUUUAUGAUCUACGAACAGGUCGUUGGGACGAACCUCUUUGCUGUAGAAUCGCAGGCAAGACUGAGCUUUUGGCUUACAGUUUGGGUGUGCAGUCUGCAUUUGCUGGUGUGGCAGCCUUUUUGUAGUUGAUGCCAAAUAGUAAGAAAAUUUAUUAAUUAAAUUAAUUUAAUAAUUUUUUGACGUCAGUAUCUCAAGGUUUUUUUGUAAAUUUACUUCAAUAAAAAUUGAAGAUUUC